AUGGGCAUCAACAACCCCCUUCCGUCGUCGAUGGCGUCGGAAUGCAAGAAGUGCGGCAAGAUCCUCUCCUCCUUCAUCGACCCGCGACAAGCAUUCGGUCCUGACAAGGUCAUCCCGCCCUCUGUCCUGGCCAGAGCCAAGGGCCUCGCGAUCCUCACAGUCAUCAAAGCUGGCUUCCUCGGCUCAGCACGCUUCGGCAGCGGUCUCGUCGUAGCGCGACUCCCUGACGGCUCGUGGAGCGCCCCGUCAGCCAUCGCGACCGGAGGCGCCGGCUUCGGCGGGCAGAUCGGCUUCGAGCUGACCGACUUCGUCUUCAUUCUCAACGACGCAAGCGCCGUCAAGACCUUCUCGCAGGCCGGCUCGCUGACCCUCGGCGGCAACGUGUCCAUCGCAGCCGGGCCCGUGGGCCGCAACGCUGAGGCCGCCGGCGCCGCGUCGCUCCGGAGCGUGGCCGGCAUCUUUGCCUACUCUAAGACCAAGGGCCUUUUUGCGGGCGUGUCCCUCGAAGGGUCGGCCAUCAUCGAGCGCAAAGAUGCCAACGCACGGCUGUACGGCCGCCCCGUCUCGGCGAGGGAGUUGUUGAGUGGGGCCGAGCGGCCCCCGCCGCAAACACAACCGCUGCUGAGCAUCCUCAACUCGCGCGUUUUUAGUGGCGUGUCCGCGGGGACGAUGGACGACCGCAUGUACAACGACAUUCCCGUGUACGACGACCACCGGGACGAGGUAGUGUGGGGGAACAAGACUGGGUCCGGGUACCGGGAGGGCCAGCGUCGGGAUGACGGGUACGGUGGCGGUCGGGGUGAGGAUGGGCAUGCGCACGACGAGUUUGGCCGGCCGAAGCGGUCGACUACGUGGCAGGACGACGUCUACGACGCGCAGCCGAGGUUUUCCGGGGUGUCGAGGUCGAAUACGGUGCACGACUCAUUCGGCAGUAGCAGGUCAGAAAGGGCAGAGGAGAACGGCGCUGCGACGACGGGCAAGAAGGUCGGACCUGGGCGGCCGCUGGCGCCCAAGCCGAACUACGCCAGCAAGGAGGCGCUGCUGAAGAAGAAUGAGGCCAUUGCGCUGUUUACCUUUGAGGGGGAACAGCCGGGCGAUCUGAGUUUCAAGAAGGGCGAUGUCAUUACCGUACUGAAGAAGACGGAUAGUGACAAUGAUUGGUGGACCGGUAUGAUUGGGACAAGGCACGGGAUAUUCCCGAGUAACUAUGUCAAGAUGAAGGAGUGA